GCGGAAGCGCGCGGACGCGAUGAAGUGCGUCCUGAUCGCCAGCGACGGGGCUGAGCUGCUGUUCUGCUGGGCUGACAAGGAGUUCACAGAGAGCCUGCACCGGCGCUUCAGCCAGUCGGAGCAAGGGGGGCGUGAGCCGCCUGCGUUUGGGGACAGCAUCAACACGCUCUUCGCCCCCAUGAUCAUCUCCUGCGUGACGCUGCUGGAGCAACUCUCGGACACGUAUACCUGCUUCUCGGCUGAGGACGGAGGCCACCUCUACGUGCUGCACAUGUUCGGGGAGUGCCUGUACAUUGCGGUGAACGGUGACGGCUCGGAGAGCGAGGACGACCUGCGCCGGAAGCUCUACGUGCUGAGGAGACUGACCGAGGCCCACUUCGGCCUGGUGACGCUGGACUCGCACCUUGUCUGCAAGGAGUUGCGGCCGGCGGACUCAGAGCAGCGCAGCCGCGUGUGGGCCCUGUUCCAGGGCCUGCUCCAGACCUACAGCAGCCUGCGGGAGACUGAGCAGAGCUUUGCCGUGGAGGCCGUGGAGCGGCUGAUCCACUCCCAGCUAUGUGAGCAGUGCAUCGAGUUCCUGGAGCGCCAGGUGGUGCAGCACAUCAAUGCCAGCGGGCAGCGCGGGGGUGAGGAGGUGGUGCACGCCUUCCUGCUGGUGCACACCAAGCUGCUGGCCUUCUACUCCAGCCGGAGCGCCAGCACCAUCCGCCCAGCUGACCUGCUCACCCUCAUCCUCCUGGUGCAGGACCUGUGUCCCAGCCCCAGCGCAGACGAGGACCUGAGCCCGCAGCUGGCAGAGGGGGGGCUGACUCCCCAGAGACCGAAGAGCAGUGAGAGCAUCCCAGUGAAGAGCCCAGGCCCACAUAGCACGCCCGGGAGCGAGGCAGAGGAGCAGGAUGCGGAUGAGAUCUCCCUUCCCGAGGAAUACUUCACCCCCCAGCCCUCGCCCAGCAGGCAGAGCACAGGAGGCGCCAGCUGGUCGGAGGGUUCAGAGCCGCCGGGCUCCGGGGAGGCAGAUGCUGCUGAUGUCCAGGUGGCAGAAGACUCGCUCCAGGCCCUGAUGCCCCCAGGGCCCAGUGCCUCCAACCCCAGAAGGAUCUUCCUGGAUGCGAACCUGCGGGAGGGCUACUGCCCCAUGGUGCCCCACACCAUGUACUGCCUGCAGCUCUGGCCUGGCAUCUCGCUGGUGCUCCUGACCAAGAGCCCGAGCACCCACGUCGCCUGCUCCCUGUACCAACUGUUGGAUGGGUUCCUGAUGCUGGAGAAGAAGCUGAGGGAGGGGCAGGAAGUGGGGCCACCCACCCGCUCCCACCCAGUCCUGACUGAGCUGCGCCAGAGGAUGGACAAGUUUGUCAAGAAGCUGGGCAGGCAGGACAUGCAGUUACACAACGCUUGGCUGGAGUUCAAGAGCAAAGCCUUCUCCAGGCACGAGUCCGGGAGCUCCAGGGAGUGAGUAUGGGGAUGUGGGGAGAAAACCAGGGUACAGGCGGCAGGGUCUGGACAGGCGAUUGGGAGGGGGGAGGGUGGCUGGGACUGGGCCAGGCCCUUCCUCUGCAGGGAGAAGCUGUUGGACUGGAGGGACUUCCUGCUGGUGAAGAGCAAGCGGAACAUCACCAUGGUGUCGUACCUGGAGGACUUCCCAGGCCUGGUGCACUUCAUCUAUGUCGAUCGCACCGCCGGGCAGAUGGUGGCACCUUCCCUCAACGUGGCUGAGGACUCCACCUCGGAGCUGGGCAAGGGUGUCCUGGCUGCCUUCAUCAAGAAGAAGGUCUGGUCUCUGAUUGGGCUGGCACGGCGGUACCUGCAGAAGGGCUACACGACACUCACUCUGCGGGACGGCGACUAUUACUGCUCCUACUUCCUCUGGUUUGAGAACGAGCUGGGCUACAAGCUGGAGGUGAUCGAGGUUCCUGUUCUCUCCAAUGACUCUGCUCCCAUCGGGAUGCUGGCAGGGGAUUACUACAGGAAGCUGCUGCGCUACUACAGCAAGAACCACCCGGUCGAGGGGCUGAAGUGCUAUGAGCUGCUGACGCUGCACCUGGGCGUGAUCCCUGCCGAGCAUGUGAUCCAGCAGGCCUGCGACCUGGCCCGGCGGCUCUGGGAGCCGUCCCGCAUCCCCCUGCUCUGAGCCACGCAGGCUGGUAGUGAGCGUCCCCCCAGGGCCUCCUUCUUGCUCUGAGUCUGGGCUCGCUGCAAUGAGCCCCAUGCAGCACCCACCUCACUCGGCCCUGCAGCCCCCCAGGCCCAGCUGGGAGACCAGUGCCAGCCAGUAUCCUGCCGUCAGCUCCGUGCCUGCUGAAACCCACCCUCCAAUGGCUGGGGAGCUCUUCCUGACUUGCCCCCGGAGCUGCCUGGGGUGGGGGCUGUUGGACGUGUAUGGCCAGAAUAGCGUGUCUUUGUCUGUCUGUACGUGCCACACUCCAGACUGGCAUUAAAGCUGGUGCGCUAGGUCA